AUGUCGACCACGGGUCCUAUACGCAAUUAUUGCGUGGAUUCUUUGAUAAACCAUGAGAGCGAGGAUUUUCUUGCGUCGCGGUUCUCAGCCACAGAGCUUCUCCCCACCCGCUCAUGUCAGACGACACUAGUACCGGAGUGCUCUGAAAUACCCUCCUGCAGUUUUGCGCCGAAACCUCCUGUCUUUACCUCCUCCUGGGGCCCAGUUCACUCCCAAUCCUCAGUAGUCUACCACCCAUACACCCACCAACCUCACGUUGGAACGGACUCGAGGUAUGUUCGCUCAUGGCUGGAGCCCAUAUCUGGAACAGUAUCCUUUCCAGCCUAUCCGGCUAACUGCAGACACUACGGACUCAAACCCGAUGAUUUUCCUCAGCCCGGUGCCGGACACUGCAUCACCUCCAACGGUCGCGGAUACCCGGACUAUCUCUACAACACCUGCGUGGACAUCCGAGACAAGGCACAGCAGAUCGCCCCUUCUCCAGAGUCGGAGAUUUUGGCUUCCGGAAAGCACAAAGACGACAAGACAGAAUUCGACCCAAGUAAGUGGAAGCCAUGCCAGUCUACAAACGGGUAUUGGAGUCGUUUGUGUGUGCGUGAGGUGGGGGUGUUCGUCUUCCAUGGGGGUUUUGCUCGUGGUUGUUGUCCCACUAUAAAACGAAAUUAUCGUUUAUUUUCCCUUCCGUUUGAACGAGAGGGGAAGUGGAGGGGCUGUUAGACAGUGUUAGACAGGACAAACGCCAAUCCCCUUAAGGUUGUAAAAUAUGAAUUAGCUAUAAAACAGCUAUGCAAUGGGGAAACUGGAAACAAGCUUUUCAUUGGCGAGAUCAGAAUCUCUAGUAAACUCCACUCCACUGUCUUCUUACAUGGCCUAAACGUGUGCCUAAAAGCAUUUUUUGUGUGCCUAAAAGCAUAUUUUAUUUUACUUAUAGAGACAUUUGAUGUUGUAUCAUUGAUACACAAGAGGUGUGGCCUUAUAUAGGCCUUGUGUUAUAGUGGAUUAUUAUUAUUUUAUUAUUUGUUAUUAUAGCCUUCGAUUGAAAUGCACAUCCAGAAGCCUAAAAUCAACCAACAAGCUAAUAGGAUGAUCCAUGUUUACAGAAAAGCUUGCAGAAACCACGAAGAGCCACUGUGGUUUUUAUCUGCAGUAUUAUAAUGGCUCAUUUCAUUUCAUGUAAACCUAUACUGGUUUAUUGCACCGUGUUAUUUAGUCAAUAAUGGCUGAUUUUUCACGUGAUUAUUGAACGUUCUGGUACAACCGAAGCCGAGCAAGUCACAAAACAUAACUUUGCUUAAAUACAGCCUAUUCAGCGAGGACCAAAACCAUUGAUAUUGAAGUUUCUUCAUAUCAGUACUUAUAAAAACAUAACAACACCGAGCAAACUCCCUACAAUAAACACAGAACAGAAUAUUUUUGGCCACAACAAGAAUGGGUGAAAUGCAUCUAGCUGCCUCGGUUGCAGACCUGCGGAGACUUGAAGUUAAAGGCUUUUAAAAUAUUUUAUGGGGCAAUAAAGCGAACGGGCGCACUCACAAUUUUACAACUCGGUCCUUUUCUAGUACUGUUGACGCUCUUAAAAGAUGGAUCAGGUCUAUAAGAGAGAUGCUUAUUUAUAAUUAUUAAGGAACACAUUGAUGACACAGUUGACAAUGCACAUGGAUUAUAUUGAACCAUAGGCUUAUUUUUAUUUUUUUAAUUAAUAAGAGAGUAGGCCUGCUCUCCGUUUGGUCUGUUGUGUGUUGAAGUGUUUAUGAUAAUGAUUUUAAAGUAGCCUUAAUGGGUUAUACACUGGAAAAGGUCAGCAAAAGUGCUCAAUUGAUUUACUUUUUUUCUGAUUUAUCAUUUUACAGGCAACCCGGUGGCGAAUUGGAUACACGCUCGUUCAACGAGGAAGAAACGGUGUCCCUAUACAAAAUAUCAGACUCUCGAACUCGAAAAAGAGUUUUUGUUCAAUAUGUACCUUACCAGGGACGGUCGAUAUGAGGUCGCUCGGGUUCUUAAUUUGACCGAGAGACAGGUCAAAAUCUGGUUCCAGAAUCGGCGGAUGAAGAUGAAGAAAAUGAAUAAAGAGAAGACAGAAAGCAAUGAGCAGUAA